GGCGGAACAGCCAAUGAACAUAAAUGGUGCGUCGUGACGCAACAGGGCCCCGUUGAUAAGGAGCGGAGAGUCCAACCGGGACCUGAGAAGGAGGCACGGCGGUUUUUUGGGGGCCAGCAAACACUCGCCUAUCAUCAGUCAACGUAAAAAGCCAACUCCUCCUCUUCGGCUGUUACGCACAUGUAUGCAGCCUUCUUGGCAAAAGACAACACAUUAACCAAACCGACUACUGUAAAGGAAAAACGGCUUCUCCCAGAACCUCCAGCGGGAUUCUAUAAAGCAAAAGGUGUUUUCUAUUUUUAUCUCUCUCUCUCUCUCACUCUCUCUCUCUCUCUCUCUCUCUCUCUCUCUUUCUCUCUCUCGCUCUGCAAAAGCAAAAGUAGUUUGAGCGACAUAAAUCAGCUGCUUGCAAGCAUCAACUUGGACUGUUGAACCUGGAGGAAGGGGAGGAAGCCUUUCUCACAGGCUCCCUGUCAGCUUUUUUUUUGGACAUAUCUUUUUUUUUUGAUUUUGUUCUUUCUGACUGUGUGAUGCGUUAGAAGGCUGCUGCUGCUGCCCGGCUUUUGGCAGUGCGAGUUGUACACAGUUAGGCCUACUUAUUUUUUUUUGCAGAAAGAAAGAAAAAAGGGGGAGAAUUUGGCCAAUGACUUGCAGACUGUCGAAAUCCUGAAAAAAAAAAAAAUUCUCCCGGCGAGGAGGAGGCAUCGGCGCUGAGAGACCCAUGCAGCGGGGCUUCCAUAGUUGGUAUGUUUAUUCAUCGUGAAUGGAAAAGAAAAUAUAGAAAGAGAAAUUGGUGAUAAGACAGAAAUAACAUCCUACACGAGACUGACAGACAAGUUUGAUUUCCAGAAAAAGAGAAGAGAAAUCGCCGCGGUUAUUUAUGAAUUAAUCAUAGCUUAUUGAUAAUGAGAGCUGCAGAGAUUCGGAUGACGGUUUCCAUUGGCAGAUGAGACGUAGUGUGGAGAACACGUGUCCAAUUUUCCCCUCAUAUUUUUUCCUCCCCUGAUCUGGAUUUUUCACUUGUCACGGCAAGUAGGGAAAAAAAAAACCUUAAAAAAGAAAAAAGAACAAAAAACAGCGAGGGUUUUGAGUGGCGUUAUUGCGCAGGGUUUUGCCUCUCAUGGACAUCUUGGCUUGCAGAUCCGAAGAGAACAGUUAUAACAUCCUCCCCUCUGCUGCAACGAUGCUAUUCCAUGGCCUCCCUGGAGGCGACGUGCACGGUGUGGUGGAAGAAAUGGACCGGAGAGGAAAGAGCGAGUCAGCAGCCAUCAGCUCGGCCAUCGAUAUGGGGGAAUCCGAGACGUCCAUGCCGUGUAUGGCGAGCGAGCGCGUGGCUCUGUGCGCGGGCUGCGGUCGGAAGAUCGCGGACCGCUACUACCUGCUGGCCGUGGACAAACAGUGGCACAUGCGCUGCCUCAAGUGCUGCGAGUGCAAACUCAACCUGGAGUCGGAGCUCACCUGCUUCAGCAAAGACGGAAGCAUCUACUGCAAAGAGGACUACUACAGAAGAUUUUCGGUGCAGAGAUGCGCUCGGUGCCACCUGGGGAUUUCCGCGUCGGAGAUGGUGAUGCGGGCCCGGGACCUGGUCUACCAUCUCAACUGCUUCACGUGCACAAGCUGCAGCAAGAUGCUCACCACCGGGGACCACUUUGGCAUGAAGGACAGUCUGGUGUACUGCCGGCUGCACUUUGAGACUCUCAUCCAGGGAGAAUAUCAGACACAUUUUAACCACGCGGACGUUGUCCCGCACAAAGGCCUGGGCCCGGCCAACACGCUCGGACUAUCCUACUUCAACGGCGUGGGGACAGUGCAGAAAGGCCGGCCCAGGAAGAGGAAAAGCCCCGGGCCGGGGGCCGAGCUGGCAGCUUAUAACGCAGCGCUGAGCUGUAACGAGAACGACGGCGAGUCCAUGGACCGGGACUCCCAGUACAGCUCCAGUCAGAAGACCAAGCGCAUGCGCACGUCCUUUAAGCACCACCAGCUGAGGACCAUGAAGUCCUACUUCGCCAUCAACCACAACCCAGACGCAAAGGACCUCAAACAACUUGCCCAGAAGACGGGCCUCACCAAGCGGGUCUUACAGGUCUGGUUCCAAAACGCUCGGGCCAAGUUCAGGAGGAACCUGCUGCGGCAAGAGAGUAGCGGGGUGGACAAGGCAUCCGACGGCUCCACGCUGCAGGGCGGCACGCCAUCAGGCCCUGCCUCGGAGAUCUCCAACGCCUCCAUGAGCCCCUCCAGCACCCCCACCACCCUGACAGACUUGACCAACCCCACCAUGCCCACCGUCACCUCCGUGCUCUCCUCGGUGCCGGGCGGCAUGGACGUCCACGAGUGCCGGAGUCCGUCACAGACCACACUGACCAGCCUCUUCUGAUAGGACGGAGCCCUUCACCACAGCCUCACCCCCUACCCCCUCUCCCAUCUGCUCCACCCUACUGGAUCUAAAACUGAGCACUGUUGACUCCUUCCAACAUUAAACGGAUUAGAAAAGAGAAGGUAACGGAAGCAUAAAAAAGAGACUUUAUUUCGCUCUGAGCCCAUUAGAGACUAUUUGCAUAGUGAGGCGGCCAAGCCUUCCAGAUGGAACAGUUGUUGUUAUUUUGAUGUUGUUGUCUUGUCGAGAACUGAGGAGACUUGAUUUGCAUUUUUCAAUGUUUACAGAGAGAGAAAAAAGAAAACUGCUUAAUUUUUAAUUAAUUCGUUUUAUUUUUUUAUUUUUUUCCCCCCAGCACAGUAUUUAUGUUGUUGUACAAGAGUCACUGUUAGAAGGAUUGUAAAAAAUUCUCCUUUUUGAAAAUCUGAGAUUAAACACAGAUUACAAUAUC